UUUUGCAGUGAUUAGGAGGCAAGGAAGCCAUUAAGCCAUGAUGCUGAAGGAGAAGUAUCUUCCAUUAGUAAGUGGGUGGACCCACAGUGGUAUCACUUGUGUCAUAUUUCUAGCUGCGAUCUGUUGCCGCACUGUUGCUUCAGAUGUUAAAAAGGAGAGUGAUGAGCACGGUGUUUGUUGGGCAAAAGUUGGUCAUUCAUACCCACUUAAUUGUGCAUUUGAUUUGUUUGACUCCAGUUUCUUCAAUAACACAAAGAUGCUGGAGAUUGUGAAGGGUCAAAAGGAGUUCAACAUCCCUAUAUUCACAGCUAAUCGAAAAUUAGUUGCUUCAGUGAAUGGAGGUUUGCAUCACCCGUCUUACUUGGUAUUCAAUUCUGCUUGGGGCAGUGAGCAAUCACAGCAUGUAACUAAAAGAUUCAAGUACCCUUCUCUGUCUGGCAUUAAAAAACCCGGAAGUGAACAAGAUAUUGCCUUUAUGAGUAUUCUUGAAUUGGGAGAGCUCAUUAAGACAAAGCAAAUUACAUCUAAGGAGCUCACUAAAUUUUUUCUGAAAAGACUUAAAAGGUACAAUCAUGCUCUUGAGGCGGUGGUGACUUAUACCGAAGAAUUAGCAUACAAGCAAGCAAAAGAGGCUGAUAAACUUCUUGCCCAAGGAGUAUAUUUGGGUCCUCUGCAUGGGAUUCCUUAUGGUUUGAAGGAUAUAAUUGCAGUUCCCCACUACAAAACAACUUGGGGUUCGAGAAGUUUCAAAAGUCAAGUUCUGGACAUUGAAGCUUGGGUGUACAAGAGGUUGAAGUCUGCAGGGGCAGUUCUUGUUGCCAAGCUGGUUUCUGGAUCACUGGCAUAUGAUGACAUCUGGUUUGGUGGUAGAACAAGGAACCCCUGGAAUAUCGAGGAGUUCUCUACAGGUUCAUCAGCCGGACCUGCUGCCUCCACAUCAGCUGGUAGUAUUCAAAGUUGAGCCCUCAGCAUUUUAAUACCUUCCAUCUGCUCUUAGUUUCGGUGGCUCUGUGUGUUGAGGAUAAAUGUGAACCUCCCAACA